AUGUCAGCGUUUUUGAGGAACGGUGCGUUUGCCGUGUAUGCGACACGCAACUGUGAUGUGUGGAGCGUGGUGCGUGGCAAGGGCAAGUCCAUCCCCAGCGGCGGCACCCUGGUGGUAGGCCGCGAGCAGGACUGCCAGGGCGGCUGCUUCGACUCAAAAAAGGGCGCCAUUGGCAGCGUCUCCGAGGUUGGGGACCAGGAGUAUGGCGCCCAGGACUUUUUCGGGCUCAUAGAGGAGAUGAGGGUUUGGAAGGUGGUGCGCACCCCAGAUCAGAUCAGGGCGGGCAUGGCGGGCGACGCAGGCGGCGCCGGCGUCGACAGGGACGACGCCAACCUCGUCGCAUACUGGAAGUUUGACGAGGGCCGAGGUUACACCGUUAAGGACGUCACCAACCACGGCCACGACCUCAUCGCCGCAGAGGCCCCCACCUGGGAGGUCGUCCGCUGGCUGUCCUCCUGCGGCAACGGCGCCGUCGAGGGCGCCGAGGAGUGCGACACCGGCGACCGCCACGGCGGCGGCGGCUGCAGCAGCGACUGCAAGGUCGAGCCCGGGUGGACGUGCGCGGGCCGCCCGUCGCGCUGCACCAAGGGCGGCAGCGGCGGCGGCGGCGGCAAGCCCGCACCUGCUCCGGCGCCGGCGCCGGCGCCGGCUCCCAGUGGUGGCGGCGGCGGCGCUGGCGGUGGCGGCGGGCGCGGCAAGGGCGCCGCGAUUGCGGCCGCCAUCCUGGUGCCCGCAUUCGUGGUCCUCCUGGCCGGCCUCGCCUGGGGCAGCCGCCACGCCGUGCUGGAGGCGUUCCCUCAAGCGCGCGCCGCGGCCGACGCGGCGCAGGCCGUGCUCGCGCGCGUCGUGCCCGGCGCGAAACCGCCGGGCGGCGGUUACGGGCGGCUGUCGCUCGACCCCGAGGAGCUGGACGUCAGCCCGGAGUUUCUCGCGCCGACGCCGCUGCGGCCGCCGGGCGCACCGGGGUCGUAUCAGCCGCUGGCGGGCGGCGGCGGCGGCGGCGGCGGCGGCGCGACUUGA